GAAAUAUAGGCAGAUGGAAUGCCAUGUCUGAAUUCUUUCUGUUGUGGAUAUAGUUUAAAAUCGGGUGGAUCAUUUAUUGGAUAUUUCUCGAUAUUCAUUUACGGCAUUUUACUGUUACUGUGUAUAAUAGUUUUAUGGUGCAUAAAGUUAAGAAUUGACGAUGCAGGCAUUGGAAGUUGGAGUUUAUUUUAUCGAUUCUCAAAUUACAUUCGAGCACGGUCAAGUGAUAAUGAAAUUGAAGAAACCUUACAAGACUUGAAAAUCUUCAGCAUUUUCUUUCUCGUUUAUUGUUUGUUUCUAUUAUUUGGUAUCUUAUGUGCAUCGUUUCUGAUAACAGGAGCAAAACUUAGAAAACCUGGCUAUCUGUCUUGGUGGCUGACUUAUCAAAUUCUCUUCAUCAUCAUCAGUGCUGGAAUUGUCGUCAUAUUUGUCACAAUUAAAGAUGAACGCUACGGAUUAAUUUCUUACUUUAAAAAUUUCUUCUUUAAAAUUCUCAUCAUUGCAUUUGUCGUAAUUUAUUUAACUUUUGUAGCACUGCUAAUUUAUUUCUGGAUUAGUGUCUUAUCGCUGCAUACAUAUUUGAAGCGGGAGAAAAAGAGGAGAAAGGACAGCAGUGGUGCAAUUUUUGUUGAUAGCACAGCAGGAAUUUUAAAUGAGAACUUUCAAGGUGAUAGCAAUAACAAUAAUAACGGUGAUGAUAAUAAUAACAAUAAUAAUGCAAGUAGCAGCAACGAGCUUGCACCUAGACGCUCUAAUUCCAUACAAAUGAUACCUAUAACUCUAAGCAAACGGGAUAUGAAAGAUAAUGGGAAAAUUUUCAUAAUACGGGUUUAAAAAUGGAAUUGAAUUUUUUACUAUUUUUUUGUACAAAUUUUAUUUUGAUUAAGGCACAGUAAUAAAUGUCUUAGAUGUCGAA